CUGGGGGAAGGGAGGAGAGAGACAGCGGCAGCAGCAAGUGCACCUGAGACAGCUGGAAGGAGGAGAGACUGCAGCAGCAGCACUGCCCGGCCGGCGCCCCCCGCACUCACCCUCACCUCCAUGCGGUGCUGAAGGACAGCUCUCUGCCCGCAGCCCACCUAUAGCAGCCGAGGAGGGGGUUCACCCGGCCGCUGUGCACUGUCGGUGUAAUCAGGCGGAUUCCCCACCUCCCUCUGCCAUCAUACCCUCUGCCUCCCAUUCAUACAUUCUGUCUCCCAUUCUUAUCCCCCCAGUCACCCAUUCAAACCCCCCCCCCCCCCCUUCUCCCCUCUCUCUUCCAUUCUUGCCCCCUCUCCCCCAUUGAUGCCCCCUCCCCUGAUGGAUCUUCUUCACUAGCCCGGCCAGCACAGAGGGGGAUAAUAAUGAAAAAGAGCUUUUUGGUGCCGGAGAUUAAGCCUUUGGAUGUAUAUGAUGUGCAGCAGGCCAGGAUUUCUGCCUCCCUCAGCUGGCUGAUCUACAAAUGCUAUGGGAAAGAGGUGCCUGAGGAGCUGUGCUCCCCCUGCUACACCGACCAGUAUGAGCAGGAACACGUGAAGCCAGCUGUGAUCAGCCUCUUACUGACGGCAGAUGUGUACUGCAGGACGUACCGACGAGCACUGCCGCAUGAACACUCGCCACCUCUUGACAAUGCUGCCUUGCUGCUGCUCCUGGCUCGCAAGGGCUGCACUCCCAUGCACCAGGGGGAACCUGUGAAGAUGAGUGAUCUGCGGGAGAAGCCCAUUCGUAUGGCUGCCCAUCUUGCUGUGAUUGACUCUCUGAUUAUAGUAUAUUGUAAUCACUGCACAGAGUCCCUACCUUCUAGUGCAGAGCCUGGCUUAGCUGGACUGGAGAUGAAGCUUCUUUCCUGGGUGGAUCAGAUAAAUCAGCAACUGUUGGAGGAAGCCGAGAGGGAACAAGGCCGGAAGCAGCUCUCUACCCCAGAGGGUCAAAACCAGGCCGGAUGCCCUUCCCGCUGGUACUGGAAGCUGGUCCCUCAUGCCAUCGCUUUUUGUUUAAAGGAGUCUGGGAAUAAGCCUCCUGUGAUCCGCUAUCGGAAGGACAAAGCCCUCUCCAGGCAGACCCCCUGCUUUACAUCCGUCUCAUCCAUGAGAGACUUGUCCAAUGGGAGUGCCCUGGCGGCCACUGUCCACUACUACUGCCCGUCACAGCUGAGACUGCAGGAUGUCUGUUUGAAGGACACCAUGUCUGUGGCUGACAGCAUCUAUAACCUGCUGCUACUGAGAGACUUCUACGCCCAGCAUCUACCUCCAUCCUGCCCGCUGUCCCUGGAAGACCUGCUGUAUGUGCCCACUACUCUGCGGGUUAAUCUCGUUGCUCUCUUAGCCGAUCUGUAUUAUUGCUUUGAAGUCCUCAAGCCUGAGUUUGUCCAACCUAAAGACUUACAGCAAAACAAUGACAGUACCACCCCUUCCAGCGCAAACAGCGGGGGGGGCUCUCCAGUCUUCACCUUCCGGCCUGGUACCACAGGAUCUCUCCCUCACUCCUCAUCAAUGUCUCACAUGGAAGGAUUUGGAAAGACCUGGUCGAAAAAUCCUCUAAGUCACCCACUAUCCCAAGCAGUCUCCUUCAGCAUACCGUUUGGCCUUGACAGUGAUGUUGACAUUGUAAUGGGGAAUCCUGUGAACAUUCUUCGUUCAGUUAGCUCAGACAGCCUUACACCUCCAGUGUAUCCUCCAUCCUCCCCAAAAUGUGUUGCCCGGGCAACCUACACACCUACUGGGGAUGCUGCAGAAUUUCCAAUGCAACCACGCACCUUCAAGAAGGUCCCAUUAACUGGCAAGGGGACUGCUGACCUGGUUCAAGAGAAACCAGCUGGUGGACAAGCGACACAGACAGAUCUACCCACCAUCGAAGAAGCUCUGCAGAUCAUCCAUAGUUCUGAGACUAGGCUGCACCCAGAGGGAGCCCCAGAUGGCUUCUACCUUCACUCACCAGAGGAGCCCAAGCCAUCAAAGGUAGAAGAGGAGCUAGUCCCAAAUCUAGGCGUCUACCGGACACAUGACCGUUCUAGAAGACUUUCAAGGGAUGAUGAUUCUGUGCUGAGGGAUAAUAGCCUGGACUCUGAUUUGGAGGAGACUAGACCUACUCAAGAAUCUAGUCGAAGCUCACUCAGUUCACAGGCUGAUUCCUCUGCCGGAUCUGGUGCAAAGAUGACGAGUUUUGCUGAACGCAAGAAGAAACUUGAUGCCAAAGUUAACGUAGAUGGUUCCCCAACUUCAUCACCAAAUCAUUCCACCAAUACAACCACAUGGGCACAAAAAGCUGAAGAGUCUCCUGUUAAAAGCCCAGCCUUGAAUUCAGAGAUGAGCCAGCUUGGUGCCAGGCUUGAGGAGAAAAGAAAGGCCAUUGAGGCUCAGAAGAAAAGAAUAGAGGCUAUUUUUGCAAAGCACAGACAACGCCUUGGAAAGAGUGCCUUCCUCCAAUUAAAUAAGAGGGAUGGUGAAGAAGAUGGUGAUGAGGAAGGUCUGGGUGACUUUAAAAUGUCUCCAGAUGAGGACCUGGAAGAAGAUGCACGGAAGAAACCAGGUGAAGGAGAAGAGAAAAAUGAUAGAAAGCUGCAUGACGUAUCAGGAAAAAACCGGGAAGAAAAACAAGUCACCUUCUCUCCGGAAGUUACAAAAGAUGGACUAGAGAACAAUCUUGGAGACUACAACAAAGCAGUGGCUAAGCUGAAUACAGCAUUAUCCUCCCUCCAAUCCGACAUGAAAAGGCUGUCUGACCAGCAAGAUAAGAUGAUGAAGAAAGAGAGCAAGGCCUGGGUAAUACCAGCACCAAAGUCCUCACCCCCACCUCAUAGACCAAAGUCUUCACCUCCUGCUAGAAUUACAAGGGAGUUCCAAUCUUCCCGCUCAUCACCUGCAUCCCCUGCACAGUCACCGUCACGCAUGGCUCCAAAAUCUCCCCAGCCCAACAACAGGAGAUCACUGCAGAUACAGCCUGUAGCACCCAAGAGUCCCAAAAAUACUCGCCCAGUCGAGCUUAAAGUUCCACCUCUCAAGAGAGUACUUACUCCUCCACAGAAUGUGGACACAAUCCCACACCUGCGCAAAUUCUCUCCCAGCAAAGUUUCAGUCCAGACUCUGUCCUCCCUGUAUUUCUCACAUGCAAUGGGUGGAGAAGAUGAAGGUGAGGAGACACAGCUAACCAAUGAGUUUCAUGGAAAUUUGCGCCCUGUAGCCUCCGUUGUUCCUCAGAGCAGUGGUGUUGGGUCACUGGCAGGGGAAGAGAAGGAAGGGAAAAGGAGCAGUCUGAUUGAGAUCCCAUUGUCUGAACUGCAGCCCACAGAACAUUCAGAGUUAGAGGGAAUGGACUCCCUAGAAGACACCUCUGGAGAGGAAGGAGUAUCACAGAGAGGGGUUGGAUUCUUCUUUAAGGCUGAGGAGCGGACAGAGGACGAGAUGGCGCAGAGGAGGGCAGCACUGCUCGAGAAACAACAGAAGAGGGUGGAGGAAGCAAAAAAACGCAAGCAAUGGCAAGAUGAAGAAAAGGAGAAAAAAGAGGAGACCAGUCGUCAGCUGGAGGAACAGCCGGGCAAAGAUGAAGACGCUAUCCUGCGCAGAGGCGACUUUACUAGGAAGGAAUACCAGUGUCGGCAACAGCUGAAGAUAAUGAAAGAUCUGGAUAAAGUACUUCGGCAGAAACCCAUGACCGUCCGGGCUGUCAAAAAUGCUCGUCCCAAGACUGUCUUCCAUGAUGACUCCGUCAUUUCCCGUAGUCCCGUGAGAGGAUUGUUGGGUUCCAAGCUGAGUAAGGUUUACUCUCAGUCCACCAUGUCCCUGUCCACAGUGGGGAAUGACAAUGGCAGCGGGACGAUGAAAAAAUCUCCCCGAUCCCCAAGAGCCGUCUCUCCCUCUGGCCUGAUAUCACCGAGUCGAGGUCUGUUUACCCAAAAUGGGGACAAGGAUUGGGAUACUGGUUCCACAGCAUCCUCCCCAGCCUCCAUCCCAGAGUACACAGGGCCCCGUCUGUACAAAGAGCCGAGUGCAAAAUCAAACAAAUUCAUCAUACACAAUGCGUUGUCCCACUGCUGCCUCGCCGGCAAAGUCAACGAACCACAGAAGAACAAAGUACUAGAGGAUAUUGAGAAGAGCCAAUCCAACCACUUCCUGAUCCUGUUCCGGGACAGCAGCUGCCAGUUUCGAGCAGUUUAUACCUUUUCAACAGAGACAUACGAACUGACUCGCCUGGCCGGCUAUGGCCCACGAACGAUUAGUCUGUCCAUGAUUGAAGAAAUCUACAAGUACAGCUCAGACCGAAAGCGCUUUACUCAGAUACCUAGCAAGACUAUGUCUAUGAGUGUUGAUGCCUUCACGAUCCAAGGCCAUCUGUGGCAGAUCAAGAGGCCCACAACACCCAAAAAAGCCAGUACCCCCAAAUGAGUUCUCGCAUCCAAGCUUCAGUACUGUACCAAUAUGUCUGAGCUGCAGGUCUUCUAUUCAGCUUCUGUCUACUUCUCAGCUGGGUCAGGGUUGGCCUCCUCUGUUUCUGGUGCUGGGCUGUUUAUAUCUUUAUUCUGUAUUUGUAUUUCAAUACCUCCUCUUCCAAUGUAGCCUGGAACUUUCCUGUCCAUCAUGUAGGGCUACUAAACCCUUCCUCUGGCCACAUGCCAUGGAUCAUCAUGCCACACCACCUGAACUGGUGUGUGAAGUUUUUGUUCACCUGCACCCACGGAAAAUAACUGGUUCUCUUUCCACUUACUAAUCUAAGUCAUAUGUUUCACCUGGGAAUUUGUAUGUAUUUGCUCUUCUUCUGAUGUGCCAAGCUAGUGCCCACUGCCCAUCUGCUACCCAUUAACUUGGUGCCACCUUUCCCCAUCUACUGUAACUAAUGCCAAUUUCUGCAUCAGUGCCUUCUAUGAUAUAAAUAGUAGGACAUGGUGGAUAUCUGCCCACUAAAUACCAUCCAAGAUUUUGCCAUCCUGGCCUUUGUGUUUUAUUUGCUGCCAUCUUCUGAUUUGGUAAAAUGUCUUGAUGUGUGCUCAGCUACUGCCUGUUGUAGACUCUUGCGUAAUGCCAUUGUUUCACUAUGGCUACUGCUCCUAGUCUUCUUAUAAGAUUAAUUGCUGUCCUUCCCCAUCUGUAGAUACCCCAUGGAACAUGGCCACUGCCUGCCCUUCCUCACAGCCAUAGCUCCACUGGUUGCCCAAGCUUCAUGCUGCUGUUCUGCACGUGUUGUGCUAUAGAAUUGCCCUUGUACCUUGCUUAAUCAUGCUUUAUUGUAACCACUCAACACAAAUAUGUUUUGUUCUUGUUUUUUAAGUGCUCAGUCGUGAGCCAGGUUUUUGUUAUAUUUCUUUUUAAUUAAGCCUAUGUUACAGGGGCUGGAUCCUAGUAGCCUAGGUGCCCCGGACCUUGAGACAAUGGUGGAGACAUUGGUUUUGGUGCAGUCUCCUUGGUAGGCCCUUAGCACCUCCAUGACUUGCUCUUGUAAAUGUAGAGGAGCGGUGUAUAUUGUGAUAUCCAGUCUGAAAGUUGUUUAUAUUUAUAAAGUGUGUUGAGAAUGAAUUAAUUGUUGGUGGUAUAUGUACAGUUCCUUUUUAAUCUAGGCUAUUAUAACUUAAAACUUGAACCUUUUUAACUGCUGAGGCUACAGCCCUUGACUGAAGUUGAGCUGCGGUAUUUAAUAUCCAAUAACCUUAUGGGACUAUAACAUCCUCAUCCUCUUGGCCCAAACAAGGCAGCCAGUGUUACAGCAAGGGAAGAUGUACCAUUUAUUUUCAGGCUGUAUAGUGAUAAUUCUUAUUAGAAAUUGUAUUUUCUAAGGCAGGGAAAAUCCAGCCCAUAUCUGUAGAAGAACUGAGCAUUUGCUGAAGUGAUUACAUUUAACCUGUCACUGUGCUAUGACCUGUGUGCAAACAGAAACCCAUCAUCCAUGGCCCCAACUGAGAGACUGUUGUCACUAUAGAUGUUCUCAUCUUGACUAAUACAGUGGCAGACACCUAUUUCUCCAUAUGUACAGAGGGACUACAAGUCCCAGCAGACCCUGUGUGGUUGUGUAAAGAUGCACAACUUGACUGGAUGUCUGUUAUAUUUUAUCAUGGCCUGUGAGCACUGCCCUCGAACAGCACAAUUCCUAAAAUUGGGUGGGUUCUCAUUCCUAGACCAAUUGCACCAUUGGUAAUACGACUAUACACAGUGCAGAGUUCUGCGUAGUGAUUGGACAUUUUAUACUGGGAAGUCAUAAGCACCUUUAUCUCCCCUAUCUUUCCUUUCCUAAACACACAUAUAUAUAUAUAUAUAAUAGAUUGGAAGGUCUAGGAUAGAUUUGCAUCUUGGGCCAUGCAGAGGGGGAGGAAUUUGACACGUUUAUCACUAAAUUUCUAAUGUGUUGGCUGUUAAGCCCCGCCCAUGCAGAACUGAGAUACACCUCCACAGAACACGUAAUACAUUAUUUAUAAAUAUGCGACAGAAAUUGGAUGAAUUGUUGGUGGAGCUGUCUCAGCGAGUCUGGACUCCAUAGCUGAUGACAAGCUGCCUCACCACAUGUUGUAUUUAUAAUAUACAUACAGAUUUAUUAUAAAUAUCUAUAUUAAAUGAUUUUGCAAUUAUUUGUAUAUAAAAAGAAUCAAGGCGAAUGAAAAA